AUGCUGCAAUCAGCUAUGGAUGACCUCAAAUGUCCCAAAUGUUUAAUCAGAUAAUCUAACGACCUUAACUCCCUGCUGAAUUCGAAUGAACCUCUAGUUAAGUUUGCUCACUCAAUCAAAUGCCCUCAUUAUUUGUAAUUAUUUCAACUUUAACUAGACACUAGAUGCAUUAACUGCUUAAAUGAUCUCUACAGAACUGUGUCUCAAAAGCAACAGAUUAAGUGCUAUACUUGCCAAACCUUCCUAAAAAAAUCAGAUUAUACUGAGUAGACUAUUGAGGAGUAUUAAUUCGAUAGAGAUUUCAAAAUCAGAGAUAAGAUAAUGAAAAUUUACAACAAAAAGCGGAUCGAUUUUCCAUCCUUAGACCAAUACUAUCAGUACCUAGAAGAUGUAGAAGAUAAAAUUUAGAAACUGAUAGAUGGAGAAGAAGUAGAAAGAAUAGAUAAAGAGAUAUUGGAAUACAAAAAAAGAAAUAAAGACUAGAUAUCUAUAGCUAAUCUGAAAAAAGAGGAGCAGUUAAAGGCAUUGCAACUUAUGAUCAAAAUAGAGAAUCAAAAACUAAAUCCAUUUUCUUAUCGAGACAAUCUAGACUCAUUAGAAUUGGAGAAGGCAAAAUAGCUGAUAACUGGAUUCAAACUUGAUGACAUAGAUUAUUUAGGUGAAACUUAAGCCCAGAUCGACGAUUAAGUACAAAUGCUAAUAGAUCAGCAAAGUGCCCAGAAUCCAUCUGGCUAGAACCAACAAUAGCAGCCAAAAUUUAUUGAACCUUAUCUAUACACUUUGUAUAGGACUGAAAUGCCAAGAGAAAUAGAGUAUCAAAAAAUGCCAUCUACCAAUUUAGAAUUAUAAAGGAAGGCAGGAGGGGGUUUGAUGAGACUGCCAAGAACUGAAACAUAUAAACUAGCUAAUCUACACAAUGAAAGAGCAGCUAAAAUUUUUAAAUCAGGACUAUUUUGA